UGAUAGUAUAUCUUAUUGAUGUUCAAUAAACUCAGUUGACGUCUUAUUUUAUUGUUUCCAUAUACUAUACGGUAGAUCUGUAGUUGAGAAAAUCGUUGGUAAUAAAACCUCUUUUCAACUAUUGUCUGGCCUACUGAAAAUCUGUUGAUUAUGUGUAUAGGGAAUGUCUAAUAUUAUAGUAUAAAGUGAGCAGGCCUUCAGCUCCACUUCAGCUCAUAUGACAAAAGGCUUGGUUCUAAUUAGCAUUUUUUUUAUUUUUUUUAACCUCUACGUAGUUAUCAAAAUCAAUUAAAUGAAAAAAAUCUUAGCCAAUUAGUGUAUCUUGACCGUUAGUUCAUGUUUGGUUGGAGGGCAUUGGAUGGAAGGGAAGAAAGCAUAAAGUCUUGUUGAGGUUUAUUCCUUCAACCCUCGGGUCCAACACGUAAGCCCAAGGAUUUCGAAUGGAGUGUGUGAGUAAACUAGCCCAACAAGCAGAUAAUAGGGGUCAAGAAACAGUAAGGUAGCAAGUAAGUGAUUAGGUAUUAUUAUCUCUUAAUAACUCCCUAAUACAAUACUUUUCGCUAAGGCUCCGUCGGCCGUUCGUCUUACAAGGCAGUGGAAGUGCUGCAAGUAAGGAUGCUAUAGUGUGAGUGCUAAGAAUAGAAAGUUGCCAACCCUUUACAAUGAAAUAAAUGCUUCUAUUUAUACCCGCCAAUGGGCAGAUGGCUAUGCUGACGUGGAGGCCUGUGGACCGCUUGUGUCCCAACCACCAAAUCUUCAGCAUUAAAUGCACUUCCCGCCAGGAUCUAGGUUUCCCGCCUAAAUAAUGGGGACGUUCGUCCGCCAGGGAAGCGAGCUGGAUCGCUCCAAGUGAUCCCCAAGAGGUUUCGGCUGUCCGUCUCCUGGCCUUGUGGAUUCUCUCCAUGCGGACUGGAUUUCCUCGGAUGACUAUAGGCUUGCCAUGGGGACGUUCGUUGUCAUCCCCUGGUAGCCCGUGGUCCUGCUCCUUGUCCCUGCAUAGACGUUCGUCGGGAUGGGCCGCUGGGCCUAAACUCCCAACCUCAGACGUUCGUCCCUCCCCAAGGAAUAUGGGCAUGCGGGCUGGCCCUGUGGUCUGACUGGACUUACGUCUGGUGAAGGAAGGGUUAGUGGGCCGGACCCCGGCUUGGGCCCUUAACCCAACACAAGUCCCCCACUUCUGAUGUUCUGAGCAUGCGCAGGACAUAAGGAAGUAUGAAUCUCCUCAAAGUAGACGUUCGUGUCUUGAUACUUGUGUUUAUCGCAUCCGGUGGAAGCGUACGCUCGUGGUCAUGGUGCUUAACAGCUGUCGACGGUUCAGGAAACGAGGUGAUGGCUGCUGUAGCGGCGGUGCAUUUCCCAAGGAGAUGUCAUCAUUACGCUUUCGCCCCACGCACGGCGCGUGAGCCGGAAUACGCUCCCUGCCACGCGUCAGCCUCCCGUUGGCUCCCCCACCGGUGUUUCUCCUAUAAAUGCCGGUUUUUCCCUCUGGAUUAGGGUUCCCAAUUUCUGCUCUCUUGUCUUCGAAUUUCCGCAGCUCUUCAAGUCCUCUCCUGCUUCGUAGCUUGGCUAAUCCCUCUAAGGUAACUUUUAUCUUCUGCUUCUUUUUCUUGUCUUGAAUUCUUGCCGUGAUGGUUUCGAUGGAGAUCUCGUCAAGUUCUGGCUCGGGCUCAUCGGGUUCCUCCUCGGGCUCCACUUCCGACUCCGGCUCACGCUCUUCGGGGGGAACUAGCACUUCCGGUAGUUCUGGCUCGGCCCCCACCGUGGGAACUGUUCAGGCCGGGGAAGCCCAAACUGGUGUUGUUGCGACUGUCCCUGGUGAGGAGGGUGCUGAUUCGGGGGAGCAAAACAGUAUGGCUCUCGAUGUGGUGGACCCCGUGGCUGAAGGCGGGGAGCAGGAGUCCGUUAGCGAGGACGGUCGUCCGGACGGGUAUGACUCCGGGGUCGAGGCUAAAUGAAAGAAAAAGAAGCUGCGAAUGACUACUAAUGAGGGAGGUACUACAAAGGAGAAACAACAUGUUCAUGCUACCAGUACUAAGACUCCAAAUACAGGAACUUCUAGUGAAUCUAGAGAUGAAAAUUCAGAAGGAAGAAUCUACGAGUACACUAUUCAAGACUCCCAUGGUAAUCGAAGGCGUGGAAAGACAGUUCUAGCAGGAGUGUGGAAUCUAUCUGAAGGGAAUCGUAUUGUCGUUGAUGUCAAUAAAGAGAACCAACCCAUUGGAGAUGAAGGAGGCGUAUUAGGCACUUUUUGUGGGACAAUUGCAAGGAAUGGAAAAUUGUGCUCCUUAAGUUAAACAAGAUGGGAUCACUUGAAGAAAGGCAACAAUCGAAACAACCAAACCAUGAUAUUAAAAGUAAUUCAGGAUCGGUUUCUUUAUCCGAAAUCACUUGAGAAAUGGAUACUGGCAUCAAUUGGACACAAAUGGAGGGACUACAAAUGCUUAUUGAAAGGAAAGUGGUAUGAUGAUGAUAAACAUAUAACCAUAUUGCAUGAUAACUGUCCUGAAGAUGUGGAAAAGAAUCAAUGGAUUAGUCUCGUCAACUUUUGGAAGUCAGAUGAAGGACAGAAGAGAAGCAAAACUAGUAAAGAUUCGCUUAAGAAAGCUAAGGCGAAGCCAAUUUCUACCACUGGUACUAAAAGUCAUGCUCGUGUUCGUGAGGAGAUGAAACAACGGUUAAACAAGAGCCCAACACGAACUCAGGUUUAUUUAGAAUGUCAUCAACAUGAUGAUGAGGCAGAAAUAACGAGUCAAAUUAAGAAUAUCGUUGCUGAGAUAGGUGACCAGGAAGUGAGCUUAGAUGAUGAUCCGGUUUCCAAGGUUUUAGGUAAAGAUCAAUAUGGUCGUGUUCGUGGUUUAGGACUUGGUGUGAAGCCAUCAGAUUUUGCAAACCCCUCACGCCCACCAUAUUGUAAUGGCUUACAUAUGUCCUCAAGUGAUGAAACAACGGCUUUGUAUUAUAUUCGCCAACUAAAACAGUCCAUGCAAAGAUUGAAGAAGCGUGUCAAAAAGCAAGGAAUAACUAUCAUAAAGCUGAACAGGACAAUGCAAAAAAUGAGGAAGCAUAUAAAAAAGAAAAGAAUAAGUCUUUUGAAGUUGAAAAGGAAGCUCUAAGUCCGUUAUGAAAAAUAUUAAUGAGUAGUGAAUGGAUCAAGCUUAAAGAGCUACAUGGUGUUGAUGAGUGUUUUCUUCCCACAGAGGAGAGCUAAAAUUCUGCAAUUAACUGUAAGCAUUGUAGCUACAUAUAUAGCUAUGUUGAUUCU